CAUGCUUUUUAAAAGUGGUAAAAAAUUUUCUAAUUCUGGAUUUGUAUUGAAAGCCAAAUUUAGAAAUGACAACUUUAAGUGUAAUGGAAAUACAAGAACCAAAAAUGAAGCUAAUACUUUAAAGACAAUCAGUAAACACAGUUGUAAAGAAUUGUCAACUAAUAACAAAUCUAAUACAACAACAACUGAAAAUAAUGAUACUCAAACGAAUAAACAAAUUUUAUGCAAAAGGAAUAAAGUUAAUAUUGAAAUGGACUGUAAUACGAAAAGUUUUACAAUAAUAGCUCCAUGGAGUAGAUAUAAAACUCGGUGUACAGUUAAUCUAUCUAUAACCAAGAGCAAUUUGGAAGUGGAAAUUGAAUUUCUCCAAUUCAAUCUAGUGAAAUAUGGCGGACUUGAUACUGCUAUGGCCGAUAUCCUUGAAUUUACUCAAGGUGACCGCAAUAUUCAGUAUUCUGGAGUAGCAAAUCAAGUGGGCAUAGGAAGGAAACGAAUUGACAUUUUUACUGGACAAAGAGUAAGACCUCCCAAACUCCGAACAACAUAUUAUGCUCCCGGACCUGGAGAUUUAAACAUCAAUUAUUUUGAGAUGACUGAAGGUGGUGGAAGAAACUUUAAAAUGAUUGGUUUACGCACUUAUGGCAUCAAGGCUAGUCAAGAAGAAUUGACUCAACUGUUUGCCUAUUUCGAUAAAGAUGGCAGUGGUUCGAUCAAAUGGGAUGAAUUCAUGGAAAGUUUUAGGUCUGAAGUGAGUGAGGCAAGAAAAAGCCUGAUUGUGGCAGCUUUUGAAAAGUUGGAUGUUAACAAAAAUGGAGUAAUUUCAGUGGACGAUUUGAAAAAUCGUUUCGAUUACAGAAAGGAUCCAAAAUAUAUGUCAGGAGAAUGGAGUGCGAAUAGAGUUUAUAAGGAACUCUUGAAAAUAUAUGAUGGAGAACAAAGCGAUGGAGUGGUAACUCUAAACGAAUUUAUGGACUACUACACGAAUUUGAGCAAUCAUAUACCCGAUGAUUCUCUCUUCGAAAUGAUGAUGAAAAAUUCUUUCAAGUAA